GGUGACGUGGGGGCAGGACUUUGGUCUUGGAUCUUUCUGGGCCGAGCGAACAACCUGCAGAACGCUGCGUUUUGCGUUGGAAAGGUAGAGCUGGUUCCCGGUUCUACAGUCCUCGCCAUCCCGGACCGCACGCAGCGAUCAUGGCCCAGCAGCCGCCCGACGUUGAGGGGGAUGAUUGUCUUCCUGAAUACCACCAUCUCUUCUGCCCGGAUCUUCUCCAGGACAAAGUGGCCUUUAUCACAGGUGGUGGUUCUGGGAUUGGCUUCCGGAUCGCAGAGAUUUUCAUGAGGCAUGGCUGCCACACUGUCAUCGUCGGCAGGAAUCUGCAGAGAGUGACCACGGCUGCUAAGAAGUUGGUUGCUGCCACCGGAAAGCGGUGCCUCCCUCUGUCUAUGGAUGUCCGAGUUCCCCCAGCGGUCAUGACUGCUGUGGAUCAAGCUCUGCAAGAAUUUGGCAAAAUCAACAUCCUCAUUAACUGUGCAGCUGGAAACUUCCUAUGCCCUGCCAGUGCUCUGUCUUUCAACGCCUUUAAGACUGUGGUUGACAUUGACACCAUCGGUACCUUCAAUGUGUCUCGUGUGCUUUACGAGAAGUUCUUUCGGGACCAUGGAGGAGUGAUUGUGAACAUUACUGCCACCCUCAGUGUGCGGGGGCAGGUGCUGCAGCUACAUGCAGGUGCUGCCAAGGCGGCUGUGGAUGCUAUGACGCGACACUUGGCUGUGGAGUGGGGUCCCCAGAAUAUCCGUGUCAACAGCCUGGCUCCUGGUGCCAUCGGUGGCACUGAGGGGUUAAGGCGAUUAGGAGGCUCCAAUGUCAGUUCGAAAUUAAAGUAUCUUUCAAGUCCUAUUCCAAGACUCGGGACCAAGACAGAGAUCGCUCACAGUGUGCUGUACCUGGCCAGCCCUCUGGCUUCCUACGUCUCAGGGAUUGUGCUAGUGGUUGAUGGUGGAAGCUGGAUGACAUUCCCCAAUGACAUCAAGCAACUGCUAGAGUUUGAAUCCUCCUCUGCUAAGCUGUAGGGGAGUCCUCUCGUGGAUAUCCACCUUCUUCUUUGAAGAUAGGAUCUCAUGUACACUAUGUAAUUGAAGAUGAUUUCACAAAAGAGCCACCCUGCCAAUUUUUACAGUGUUUGAAGAUCACACCCAGCAGGUUAACCAGCAGAAUCAACUGAAUUGUAUGUUCUCUACCACAGGAUCUUUUGACACAUAAACAUUGUACUCAAGACAGUUGUUUUGAGCCGGGCGUGAUGGCACACGCCUUUAAUCCCAGCACUCGGGAGGCAGAGGCAGGUUCAAGGCCAGCCUGGUCUAC